AUGUCGUCCUUCACCAUGCCUCGCGUUGCUUUUGGCUGUUGGGAGUUGCCCAAAGGGAAAGUGGAGGAAGUCGUGUAUGAGGCCAUCAAGGCGGGCUACCGGCACAUCGACAGUGCUGAGAUCUAUGGCAAUGAGGAGGAAGUUGGCAAGGCUGUUGCCAGAGCCUUGGCGGAAAAGAUCGUCACACGUGCCGACCUCUUCAUUUGCUCGAAGCUUUGGGGUACCGACUGGCACAAAGUCAGGGCAGCGUGUGAGAAGUCCAUUGCGGCCCUCCAGUGCGAGUACAUUGACUUGUACUUGAUCCACACCUCGAUCGGCCUCGAUGCGGCCGUCCCUGCGGAUGCCAAUGGCAAGCCCGCUCGCGCAAAGAUCCCUGUUCAUCGUGUCUGGGCAGACAUGGAGAGCCUCGUCGACGCCGGACUGUGCCGCCACAUCGGCGUCUCGAACUUUUCCUGCCUCCAGAUUGCCGACAUGCAGACAUACGCCAGCAAGCCCAUCGCCUGCAACCAGCUUGAAGUGCACCCCUCCUACCCCAAUCGUGCGCUCGCGGACUGGUGCGUCUCCCAGGGCGUGGCAGUUGUGUGCUACUGCCCUCUCGGCACAGGCAAAGGCGACCUUGAGCUCCCUGCUCUGAAAGCAGCUGGUGCGGGUGGACCCGGAGCCGCGGCCUCUCCCGCCCUUGCCGCCCUGCGCUGGGCCUUGGACAAAAGGUACCACGUUAUCACGAAGAGCACUAACGUGGAGAGGAUGAAGGCAAAUCUUCUCGCCGACUCGGACUCAUGGUCGCUGUCACCUGAGCAUACCGCGGCGAUUGAUGCCGUGUCGGGCAAGUCAUCGUCCGUCGACCUGGCCUUCAAAAUCUGUGAUCACGCCGAAGAGUUUGGCCUUCCGAUGUACAACUGA